GUCGGACCUGUCCUCUUGCAUGCACUGUUCAAUCUUCCUACAUGCCAAAUGUUAAAAAAGGAAGAAAACUUUUAAUACACUGAAACACAUCCCACCACCACCACUCUAUUCAAGACCACGUUACAGAACUCGGCCAAAAUCUAAACACUACUCUCCGGCAGAGCUCCAUGAUCGCGUCUUCUCCAUCCUAAUUAAGCUUAUCUUAUCUUUGUUUCAAGCUUCAACAGAAAACCCGGAAGCGAAAAUGGAAGCCCAGAAUCAUAUCGGCGUUAAGGGGCAUCCCACCACCACCCAACCGGCUGUUCGGGCUAGCUCCUCCAGUGGAACCCUUGGCCGCCACCUAGCUCGUCGGCUUGUCCAAAUCGGCAUCCGUGACGUGUUCUCUGUGCCGGGUGACUUCAACCUUACGCUGCUCGACCACCUCGUUGCUGAACCGGAGCUCAACCUCAUCGGCUGCUGCAACGAGCUCAAUGCUGGAUACGCUGCAGAUGGGUACGUCCGUGCCAAGGGGGUUGGUGCUUGCGUCGUCACCUUCACUGUUGGUGGGCUCAGCGUCCUCAACGCCAUCGCCGGUGCUUACAGUGAGGACCUCCCUGUUAUUUGCAUCGUUGGUGGGCCCAAUUCCAAUGAUUUUGGUACAAACCGCAUUCUACACCAUACGAUCGGAUUGCCGGACUUCAGCCAGGAAUUUCGGUGCUUUCAGACGGUUACAUGUCAUCAGGCGGUGGUGAAUAACUUGGAGAAUGCACACGAGCAGAUAGACACUGCAAUUUCGACUGCUUUGAAGGAAAGUAAGCCAGUUUAUAUUAGCAUUAGCUGCAAUUUGCCAGCAAUUCCUCAUCCGACGUUCGCUAGGGAGCCUGUUCCUUUCUUCCUCGCACCAUGGAUGAGCAAUCAAAUGGCGUUGGAAGCAGCAGUGGAGGCAACGGCUGAUUUACUGAAUAAAGCUGUGAAACCUAUCAUUGUGGGUGGGCCCAAGCUAAGGGUGGCCAAGGCACAAAAGGCCUUUGUGGAGCUGGUAGAUGCAUGUGGAUAUCCUUUUGCAGCUAUGCCAUCCGGCAAGGGACUGGUACCAGAGCACCACCCACACUUCAUUGGGACAUACCGAGGUGUUGUCAGCACCAGCUUCUGCAGUGAGAUGGUGGAGUCUGCUGAUGCCUAUGUUUUUAUUGGCCCCACCUUCGAUGACUCCAGCUCUGUGGGGUACUCAUUGCUGAUCAAGAAGGAGAAAGCAAUAAUAAUUCAGCCCAAGCGUGUGACUAUUGGUAAUGGACCUUCCUUUGGUUGGGUUUUCAUGGCUGAAUUCUUGACUGCAUUGGCCAAGAAGCUGAAGAAGAACAGCGCAGCAGUGGAGAAUCACCGCCAGAUCUUUGUUCCUCCCACCAUCCCUCUCAAGCACAAUCAAGAUGAACCUUUGGGAGUUAACAUCAUCUUCAAACACAUUCAGGAAAUGUUGGGUGGAGACACUGCAGUUAUUUCUGAGAUUGGAGACUCAUGGUUCAACUUUCAGAAGCUCCACCUUCCAGAAAAUUGCAAAUAUGAAUUCCAGAUGCUGUAUGCAUCCAUUGGUUGGUCGGUAGGUGCAACACUUGGGUAUGCCCAGGCAGCUGAAGACAAGCGUGUGAUUGCCUGCAUUGGUGAUGGAAGUUUCCAGGUAACAGCUCAGGAUAUUUCAACAAUGAUCCGUUGUGGUCAAAGGAACAUUAUAUUCCUCAUCAACAAUGGAGGAUAUACAAUAGAAGUAGAGAUUCAUGACGGCCCCUACAAUAUCAUCAAGAAUUGGGACUACACCAGGUUUGUGGAUGCAAUCCAUAAUGGCGAAGGAAAAUGUUGGACUGCCAAGGUAAAGACAGAGGAUGAACUGACAGCGGCAAUUGCAACAGCUACAAGAGACAAACAAGAUUCCCUGUGUUUCAUUGAAAUUUUUGUGCACAGGGACGAUACUAGCAAGGAGCUUUUGGAGUGGGGAUCCCGAGUUGGUUCUGCAAACAGCCGACCUCCCAAUCCCCAGUGAGUACUGAAUGCUGGUUGCCUUUUUUCCCCUUGGGGGUGGGUUGAGGAGGUAGAGAUGACAGUUUGAUAAUGCUGAGCUUGUGAAUAUAAUUGUAAAUCACAUUUCAUGUGUUGGAAUGAGAUCAGUGUUUUAAUUGUCAUGCCUCUUAUUUGUUGUAACCAGAGUAGUUUUGGUUUUGUUAUCAAAAUAACAGCUGUUGUUGUUCUUUAUAUAAUCCAUGGGCAACUCUACCAUGUUUAUUUA